AUGCCAAUUGAAGAUUCCACUAACUCCACCGCCAUCAGAGCCGUGUCUGCCAUCGACGAUAACACCAUCGCCAAAGAUGAGGGGUCGUUGAGAUACGCAGCCUAUGCCAAUAGAUUUAGAACUAUCUUAUUGGCUUCUCAUCGUUAUGUUGCCUACACCUCUGACAUUGGAGAGUCUUUCAGACCUGUGGCACACCCUUAUCUCGUGACGUUUGGUUACGCCGUAUCGUGGGCAUACCUUUUGGGAGAUGUGGGCUACGCAUCAUGGAAGGUCAAGAUGAAGAACGAGGGCCGUUACUUGCCUCACUUGAAGCCAUGGGACUACCCAUAUCCCCCACCAAACAAGGCUGCGGCUGCCGAGUACCAAGCAUUGGCUGGAGCGGACAUCGCUGACAGGGACUGGAGAGUGCAGUUUGUCAAGCGUGGAGUUUUCCAGAGUUUGGCAUCCAUGGCAUUGCCAGCUUUCACCAUCCACUCCGCCGUCAGAUACUCGUCGAUGUUGUUCAAGAACAGCACCAUUAAGCCGUUGAAGACAUACGGCCCGGUGGCUAUUGGUUUGGGUAUUGUGCCACUCUUGCCCUACAUCUUCGACGAGCCUGUCGAGCACGCAGUGGACUGGGUGUUUGAGAAGGGCGAGUCCCUUUACAAGGAGAAAUUCGAGUAA